AUAACUGCCAAGGCUCACCCUAAUUUGGGAACAGGUGUCUUAGUUUUACCAUUCACAGGUAGAUGUCAACAAUAAAAGUGACUAAUAAUAAGCUUUUGGUUUAAGUUCUGUGUGAAAUUAUACUACAUUCAUUCCACAACCCGAGGCUAGGUUAAAUAAAAUUUCAGUACCGUGGAGGACCUGUGGAAAGACAAACUUCAUAGAAAAUAUUAAAGGCAUGGAAAUUGAAGCUAAUAUCAACACCAGCAGUAGUCCCAAGCCAUCCGAGCCACCAGUGCUUAAUAUUUCGGGAAAGGUGGAACCAAGUCGGAUUCCUCCCCGCACUAGGGGCAAGCCAGCACCUCCUCCGACUCCCAUAGCUCCAGAGACUCCAAAAAUCAACCCUACUUCCUUUCCGGUGAUAAUGGGAAGGAUCCUGUUGAGAAGUAAUGACCCACCCGCACCGAUUUCAAAAGUGAAUCUAUCGGACUUUGAGCAGAAUCUUUGCGUGUUGUGCAUGGAGAAGCCAUCCAAAAGGAAGCGUGUGUAUCAUAUGUUUACUUCCAACGCAAAGGAGUUGGAUAGUGCCUACGCGAAAGUGCGAAAACUUUACGAAAAUAGAAAGGACAUCAGGAUUUUGGAGCAACUAACAUUGCGCACCCUCUGUGCAAGAUCACUGUUCCACCGAGCCCAGAAGAAAUUGACCGAUGUGGAGUGGAAUAAGCAGCGAAACACUUUCGAAACCGACAGAGUUGGAGAACGCGACAUUUGGAACCUUUCGCAGAGGUUGUAUGAGAUGGAAAGCGAGGAAAUGACAAAGCUGUUUAAUUACACUAAGUUCCUGAGCGCUACGAAUAGCUGAAAACUAAAGUAAUUUUCUAUCCCAUUUUUAGUAUUAUAAAAAAAGAAAAAACACUUUGAAUAAAUUCCUUUUUUAAAGUUAAAA